AUGCGGUCCUUCUUCUACUUGCUCACCGCCCUCCCCCUCCUCGCGUCGGCCUGGUCACAACACACGCUCCUCACCCGAGCCACCGGCAACGCCACGUCGUGCGAGUCCACCGACAAGCCCUGCGGCGCCUACUGCAUCCCCAGCGACUACACGUGCUGCCCGGACCUCGAGGGUGGCUGCGCGGCCACCUCGACCUGCCAGCUCGGCGACAACGACGUCUACGGCUGCUGCCCGGACGGAGACACGUGCUCGGGCGACGGCGGUGCAGAGUUCCUCACCACGUCCACGUCCACCGCCGACGCGUCCACCGCGACAAAGACGACGUCCUCGGACAGCGGCGCUCAAGCUCUCUCCAUGAACCACGGCCUCAACCUGGCCUUGGUGGCUGCCGGCGUCGCCGUCGCGGUGCUAUAA